AUGUCGAAUGUUUCGGAUAUUUAUGCGGUUUCUCAUCUGGAUGGGAGCGCCAGCGAGGGUGCUGACAAUGAGGAGGAGUUUUACGAGUACUACGAUCUGUGGGUGCGCUAUCUCCUUGGGGCCAAAGCCAACCUCAAGGACCGUACUCUAACAUUGGCCAUCUAUCACCAAACACCCAUCUGGAAGGCGACACGCUUCCGAUUCGUCGUGUGCCACGCGUCGCCGACCGGCAAUAUGCAAGUCGCUCUGAUCACCGUCGGGGACAUUGUACUGGUUUACGAUGGCCUUGACCAGAGCGUGCCUUUCGAGUUGCAGGACUCGUGGCAAGAGCACAUCACUUGUGCUGCCUUCCGGCCCAGCGGGACCGUCAUGUUGGCUGUAGGAUGCGCGGAAGGGCUAUGCAUUUGGGAAAAAAACAGCGACCAAAUGAGAUUGCUGAGUGCCACGGGACACAAAUACGUGACGUCCUUGACUUGGAGCAAGAAUGGAGCGCACCUGGUGAGUGCGGCAGUUAGUACCCACCAUAUCGUAAUCUGGGAUAUGGACAAGAAGAAUUUCGUACGCUUCGUCCCUGGACCCGGCGGCCUUCUCACAUGCUACCACCAGCUGCUUUUUAGCCCUGACUUCCAGUUGCUGCUCUGUGCAGACAACAAUUCUCGGGCAAGCAUCUGUCAGAUGAAUCAAAGCGGGAAUCAAGACUUGAAUCGCAAGGACGUGAAGCGGGACCUUCUCCUGAUGAAGGCCACAAUUCAUGCUGCAGCCUGGGCAACCAUUGGCGAUUGUCAGUAUCUGCUGUUUGCCCAUGAGCGAGACUCCAAGCUGUACGCCCUGACUUGCAAAAAAGAAGAUGGCCUCUGGAUUCAAUGUGUCCUUUCAGAUCUGGAAGCUCACCCCGAGCAGUUUAUUGUCAGCCCCCAGAACAACUUACUGGUGAUAAAAUUCAAGAAGAAAAACUUUGUAAAGCUCUACAAGCUGGUACCGUGUGAGAACUUGCCACCGAAGAUUAUUCCGUUGCUAUGCUAUUAUUCCACCAUCGAUGGGCGUGCAGAAAGAGAUGAAAAUAUAUUUGCAGAAUGCGUAGCUUUUGGCGAAGACGACUCGCCUGAAGAUCCACUCCUAGUGAUUGCUUGGUCUUCUGGAUCGUUGCAUCACAUCAAAUUGCUACCGUCGACCGAAGAAGAAUCCCUGCAUUCCUAA